AAACAAAGUUUUAAGUGUUCUAGAAUAAUACAUAGCAAAGCGUUCAUUAGACAUGACAGUCUCAAAUACAGUGGACCAAUACACAAUUAUGUCGGGAGAUCGCUCCAAAAUAAAAGAUCUUCUCUGUAACCGCCUUACGGAAUGCGGCUGGCGAGAUGAAGUACGCUUGCUCUGUCGAAAUAUACUCGUGGAGAAGAACGGCAACAACAGCCUCAGCGUGGAACAACUUAUAGCGGAGGUAACGCCAAAGGCACGGACGUUGGUGCCCGAUGCAGUCAAGAAGGAGCUGCUGAUGAAGAUACGCACCAUACUGGCAGAGAACGAGGGGGACAACUAAGGCUUGCAGACGGCAUACCAUCAACAGCUAAAUCAUCAUAAUUCAUUUAUGUUUAUGCUAUACAAAAUUAACUUUACUAUUACUCAGCCAAUAAACAACAAC